AUGGAAGUCACGGCUCUCUCCGUCAGACUGUUGAUAAAUGUAGCGGUGUUGCUGCCUGCACAGGUUCAGCACAGCUUCUCUCACAGAGCUGAAGCAACUUUUCCUCGUAUCGUUCCAUCCAGACUUCAAUUCUUUGAGUACGAGUCUUUCUCUGUAAACUGUAAGGGCUUUUUUCAUGAUUUGACCAAAUGGAGAGUGAUGAGGAAUAUUCAGGGAACCAAUACUACAUGUAAAGAUAAAUGUGAGAUGAGAGGAACCUACAACAUUACAGCUGCCUUUUCAAUAGACAGUGGAGAAUACUGGUGUGAGGUUGACGGAAAGAAGAGCAACAAGGUCAACAUCAUAGUGACAGAAGGAUCUGUGAUCCUGGACAGUCCUGCUCUUCCUGUGAUGGAAGGAGACAAUGUGGUUCUGCGCUGUAAAAACAAGAAGACCUUCAGAAUUGAAGCUGAUUUCUAUAAAAAUGGCGUCCUCAUGUGGAGAAGCUCUACGGUAGAGAUGACCAUCCACAAUGUUUCCAAGUCUGAUGAAGGACUCUACAAGUGCAGAAUCUCUGGCAUUGGAGAAUCAGCAGAGAGCUGGUUGGCUGUCAGAGAGUCUGUGAUCCUGGAGAUUCCGGCUCUUCCUGUGAUGGAAGGAGAUCGUGUGACUCUGCGCUGUAGAAACAAGAUGACUUCCAACUUCCCAGCUGUCUUCUAUAAAGAUGGCCUCCUCAUCAGGAACAGCUCUACGGGAGAGAUGAUCAUCCACAGUGUCUCAAAGUCUGAUGAAGGACUGUACAAAUGUACCUCCGGAGUUGGAGAAUCAGCAGUUCCACAACCUCUCAUCCCUCUUUUCCAAUGUCCUCUCCUCUACAAACAGAUAAGGCUGAAUCCUUGA